GUCGUGACUUGGUACUCGUAUAAUAAUAACUCAUAAUAAACAAGCAUAAAGCACAAAACAAACACGAUAUGGUUACUCAGUUCAGUGAUAACACACCUAUGUCCGGAGACUUAGCCUAGGGAAACAUUUCACUAAAUUCUUUUAUCUCCUUUUUUUUUCUUUAGUUAAAAAGAAUGUGGGUGUGACCCGCGAAAAUUAUCUGUAUUCCACAUGCUUUUUGGCUUUUGGGAAAAGUAGAACAAUUUCACGAAAAAGUAAUCGAUUGCACUACUUUGCUUGAUUGUUUUUUUUUUUUUGACUAUCUUCUUCAUUCUAUUCUUCUCUAUGUAGAUAAUCCUGUUGUUUAUUCUUCCUUCAAUCUGCUUACUAAAAUAAGAAAGAAAAAAAAAACAAAUAGUUUCCUGCAUCAUCAGAGAUGGCCUAUGCUGCUCUUGUCUCCCUCACAAACACCAUAGACCGAUUCCUUAACAGCAAUCUAUAUUCCAUCUCUGUUGAAGAAGAACAACAAAUUACAUCUCUCCUUGAGUAUGUUACUCCCUUCCAAGACUUCCUCGAUAAAUUUCCAGACAAGUUCAAGAGUUUGGAAGAGCGGAUGAGGGAAGCGGCAAAUGAAGCAGAAGAUAUCUUAGAAUAUCUUGUGUUGGAAAAGCUUUUCUUGUCUUCAGAUGAAGAGUCUGAACUCCACGAUGAUCAACUCGACCGGGACUCUAUGAUCGAGGAUACUAUUUUGAAGCUGGAAAAGAUGUUGAAGGAGUGUGGCCAAGAUAUUCUUCGCCAGAAAGCUAAAGACAACAGUUUGAAAGCCCGAAUUUGCGACGUGGUAAUUGAAGUGGGAAAGUUCGAAGGCUUCUUAAAGUGGGAGAGAGAUCACAUUCGUUUCAGAGACAAGUGGAGAAUUUUACCAGCCAAGUAUGCUAUGUUCAAGUCCAAACGACAGUUCAUAAACCACUUGAAAAAUAAGAGAAAUGAAAUUGAUUCGAUCAUGGCGGAACACCAUAGGUUUGACAAGUGGAAAUUUUUGCCAGGAAAGUUCACCAAGUUCAAGUUUAAACACCACUUGAAGAAAAUAAGAAAGGAACUUUUUUCGAAGAAGAAUAAAAGUUCCACAAUAGAAGAGGAAGACGACGAGGAGUCCAAACUCCAGUCCAUAAAACAAUUGACAAAGAUGGGGAAUGAAUUUGAUUUGAUCACGGGGGAGGUGAUCGACAUGAAGAAUAACAGCAGCGACACGGCUGCUUCCUCGUCUGGACUUGCACCAGCCGACAGGGUUAGUGAUAUGAUUAGUUUACAUGAUGAUGAUGAUGAAAAGCAGGGGGAAGAGGAAGAGGAAGUGGAAGUGGAGUCUGAAUGCUAUCGAAGUGCAAAACAAGAACAGCAGAUGCAAAGAGUGAUGCAGAAGAUUGCUUUGAUUGCUGCACAAGUGAAGGAAAUCAAGGAUAGCUCCAGCAGCAAGGACGUUGAACGUGGUGGUGCUGAUACUUCUGCUGCUCCAACUUCAUCAUCAACUGAUCCAUCCAUCCACAAAGAUUCCAUGGUUGGUUUUGAAGAUUAUGUGUUAGACGUGAAGGAUCGCCUCUGUGGAGAGCCAUCCCGACUCCAAGUCAUCCCAAUCUGUGGUAUGGGUGGCAUCGGCAAAACUACUCUUGCCAAGAACGUUUAUGAUGAUCCAUUAACGGUGGGCCAUUUUGUGAUUCGUGUUUGGGUCACAAUAUCACAAGAUUACAGUGCACAGAGAAUUCUUUCUAGCCUUCUGGAGUCCUUGAAGGAAUACAACACAGGUGGAUUGGGAAAAAGUGAUGAUGAAAAAGUGCACAAAAUUUUAAUGGGCAGGAGAUAUUUAGUUGUGAUGGAUGAUAUGUGGAGUGGUGAGGCAUGGGAUGUCGUCAGAAAGGUAUUUCCUGAUGAUGGCAACGGAAGCCGUGUUGUGCUAACCACGAGGUUGUUUGAGGUGGCUUCUUAUCCGGAUCCUGCGAACAGGCUUCAUGAGAUAAACCUGUUGAAUGCAGAGCAGAGCUGGAAUUUGUUGAAGCAUAAGGUGUUUGCAGAUGAAGAAUGUCCUUCCAAUUUAGAAACUAUUGGGGAGGAGAUUGCGACAAGCUGCAAAGGAUUGCCCCUCGCGAUUGUGGUGAUUGCGGGGCUUCUAUCCACAGUUAGUAAGAAUCCAUCUUCAUGGCAGGAGAUUGCAGAAAAGGUGAAGUCUGCAAAAACUACAGAGCAUGACCAAAUCGAGGAGAUACUAUCUUUGAGCUAUGUCGAAUUACCUCAAUAUUUGAGGCCAUGUUUCUUGUACAUGGCUACCUUUCCGGAAGAUGAUGAGAUCCAUGCAAAGAAACUUAUCAGAUUAUGGGUAGCUGAGGGCUUUGUGAAAUAUCCAAGCAACUGUGAAAGCUUUGAAAAGGUGGGAGAAGAGUGUUUAGAUGAACUCAUGAAGAGAUAUCUUGUUUUGGUCAAAAAGAGGAAGUCUGAUAACAGAAUCAAAAGCUGCAGCCUCCAUGAUCUGAUGAGGGACUUGUGCAUAAGGAAAGCGCAUGAAAGUCAGUUUUUCUUGAAUCUGAUGUAUAAGCAUGUUGAAAAGAAGCCUUUUAGAGAAAGGAUAAAGAAUCAGCGCCGCGUAAGCCUUGAUUCUUCUCAUCUCAGAUACGUUUCAGACGAUGAUGAUUCAACCAUCCAUUCCAUCAGAUGCUCGAAAUAUUAUUUAGUAAAACAGAACUUUGUCAAGGGUGUGAAGUUGCUGAGGGUGUUGGAUACGGUACCUGCUGACGUGGAGAGCUCACCAUCAGUGCAUCAACUAUGUGAGUUAUUUCAUUUAAGAUAUCUUGCUAUUAACUAUACGGAAUCUAUUCCUAAGGGAUUAUCGAUGCUUAAAAAUCUGCAAACCUUAAUCAUUGGUGGAGAAAGACGAGAAAAAUUAGGUGUUGGAGUGGUUCGUUAUCUUGUGUUGGGUUGGCACACGCCACAAUUAAGACAUGUUCACUUUCACGGAACAAUCUAUUUUGAGGAUCCAAGUGAAACAACUAUCUCUCUAGAGAGGCUUCAAACACUUUCCGAUGUGUCACAUUGGAGUUGCACUGAAAGGAUCUUGAAAAAGAUCCCAAACCUUAAAAAGUUGAAGAUUGAUUGUUCUUGGGGUCAUCAUGAAGAUGCAGCUUGUUUGAAUGAUCUGGUACAUCUACACCAGCUCGAGAAUUUGGAAGUAUAUGCUGGUUUGAAUGAUCGGCCAAAGCACUACAAGAUUUCUUAUCCUAGCAUGCUGAAAAAGUUGAGUUUAAUUGAUUUGAGACUUCCUUGGAGCCACAUGAUUCUUGUUGGUUCGUUGCCAAAUCUACAAGUUCUUAAACUAGAGCGUGGUAGUUGGGUCGAUGGUGACACAUGGGAAACAAUCGAAGGAGCAUUCCCAGCGUUGGAAGUUCUUCUAAUUGGAGGUUCAGGGUUUGAGAAUUGGAUAACUGAAAGUAGCCAUUUCCCCAAACUCAAACGGCUACUGCUUCAUUCUUGUUGGAAUCUCAAUGGGAUUCCAAAUGAUAUUGGAGACAUUUCAACUCUUGAACUCAUUGAGGUUACAGGUGAAGUGAAAAAGUCUCUAAUUGAGUCGGUUGAAUUGAUACGAGAGGAGCAAGAAGAAUAUGGAAACAACAUCCUUCAAGUUGUUUGCAGUGAUAAGUCCUAUAGAUGUGGAUUUGGAUAAGCCGGUGUUAUGUGUGUUUUGUUGGCCGAUCAUCGGGUUUCAAGCUUUCUGAGUUUUGAGUUGAUGAUGAAGAUGACAAAAACAUGCUGAUGUAUCUUUCUCAUGAUUCAGAUUGAAGAAGAAAAGAGGAUGGGAAUGUGUUCUCAUAUUGAAGAGGUCCUCUUAAGCAAUGAAGUUUGGAACUUGUUUUGAUUUCCUAGAAGUUUUUUUCGCAUGUGAGUGGAUAAUGUUUUGAAGAGUGAUAACAUUGUGUCCUUUAUCAUGUGUAUAUAUCUAUGUUUUUAUAAAGAAUGUUGAUAUUUCAUAUUUA